AUGUCUCCGGCAUCCCUCUUAAUCUUUUUUAAAAGUUGUAGGUCUUCAGAGUCAAUAGGCAGUGAGUUUGUCAACUUUUUUGGAUUUAUUUACAUUAUCAAAACUCUCCUAAAAUUUAUUCCGGAUGAUGGAGCAAUUAUUAACAUUAAUAGUAUUCAAGGACGGGUUGCUCUUCCUUGUAGAGCUCCCUAUUCUUGUUCUAAACAUGCUUCUUUGGCACUUUUUGAUAGUUUGAGGGGAGAAGAAAGACCGAACUUGCAUAUUUUGAAUGUUAAUGCUGGAUAUGUUAAUACAGGCUUUGGCUCUCACGCUUUGAAUGUUGAUGGAAAACCCAUGGGAUUUGAAGAUCACAAUCAAUUAAAAGGAAUUAGUCCAGAAGAAGCAGCCAAAAGAAUUAUCUCUUCGUUGGAAAAUCGUGAAAAAGAAUUGAUAUUAGCUCCAUUCAAAAUUCGACUUUUGGUUAUGCUUAGAUGGUUAUCUCCUAGCUUGACAUGGUGGUUAUUGACUAGAAAAGCUCAAGCAGAUAAGAAGAUAGAGGAGAAAGAAAUGGCUAAUAAACAAGAGGAUUAA